AUGUCCCAGCAGCAAAAGGAAAGAGAAAACUGUAUAACGAUUGCAUGCAUGCAUUGCACAGAAGAAAAAAAACGAUGCUCCGGUGAUUCCACUUGCGAUAGGUGCGCUGGGCGUGGAUUAACUUGCUCUUAUCCGAUCACAGUAAAGAAACGUGGGUCAAAACUAAAAUAUAUUAUCGACGAUGAUCACGAAAGGCAAGGAAGUUCGAUCGAACUCCUUCAGCCCCUAGAACCAGCAUCCGGUGAUAGAAUUCGCAAAGGGGAUAUUGUACAAGUAGAACCUCAACUCUUGUUAAACGAUGCCACGCUUAAUUCGAACAUCAUUGCUAAUUUUAACCAUAAUUUGGACGACUAUUCUGCCGAUCCAUUAAAAGACAACUUCUUUCCUCCGCUAUCUUCUAUUCAACCAACUACUUAUGACACCAUAAACUCUAUGAACACUCAUGAUACGACUUUACAUAAAGGAUAUCAUAUUUUCAGUAAUUUCCCGUAUACUAAUAAUUAUAAUCAUAUUCCACAAAAUAAUGAAACUACAACCUUUCAUGCAAAUCCUUUGGAAAUUCUCGAUUUUGAACUCUGGGAUGACCCUAGUAUAAAUGACCAGUAA